AUGGGCGCGCUUCUACGCCUGGUGGAGCUCGCGGGAGGCAGAAUCCUGAUCGAUGGCCAGGACGAGCUGCUUGCAUUGGGCUUUCUUCCCCGCCUGGAAUGUGAGGGUUGCAAUGCCGAAGUGCAGAAUGGCAUGUCCUCCGCCGCCGAACAUCAGCAAGCCUUGGUGCAGACGGGCCUCUGGAAAGCUCUUGGUGAGGACGGCCUGGAUUCUACGGUGCAGGGCCGUGGCGCCAAUUUCUCGGUCGGCCAACGCCAGCUGCUUUGUUUCGCCCGCUCUUUGCUGCGUCAGGCCCGCGUGAUGCUCCUGGACGAGGCGUCGGCCAACAUUGAUGCGCUCACGGACGCCACGCUCCAGAAAACGCUUAGGACCUGCUUUACUGGCUCCACGCUGCUGAUCAUCGCGCACCGGCUGUCGACAAUCGCUGAUGCCGACCUACUGGUGUGCAUGGACAAGGGCAAAGUUGUCGAAGCAGGGCCACCUGCAACCUUGCGCCGCAAUGGGGGCGUCGUGGCGAAGAUGUUCGCAAAUGCAGGUGAACCCGAGCUGCCACCAGCGAUCUCUGAAGGCGAUCUGCCCUCCACCAAGCACUCCCUUUGA